GUUGUAGGUAACAUUUUUGGGUACUGUGUCUGUAUUACCAUAUACGAGUAUGUUAAGUGCAUGCUCUAACGUUGCUAAUUCACCUACCCUACGAGUAGAGUACAGAUGUGCUUGUACAGUAUAAUUAGUAUGCUUUAAUUGCAGAUCCAUUUUUAAAUAUGAUUGGGUUAAGAUGAGCCGGAACGUUAUUGCUGCCGAUUGUUGAAACAAUUAUUUAGGAUCGUGCAGCAUUUUUUCUAACGAUUAUCGCUGGCUGAUCAAUCUAAUUUUAUGCGGAAAAUAAUAUUAUGGGAGAUAAUGAAAUGAAGGCACCUCCUUCACGGUUGCGCCGGUUCUUGUACGCGAAUUACUAUUGUCUUCGAAUGCAGGGAAAACGACUGUGGUGUUAUGGAUUUAUUUUAAUUAUAUUAUCGCUCUUGUCGCUGGCUUUAUUGCGUUCGGGAUGGCUCCAGUUAUUUGAUCAAAAUCCACAUCCGCAAUCAAAUAUGGCACCAGGAUUAAAAGUAGAUUCUGGUGUCAUGCGUAAAUUUGUCGCCAGUGAUCUGCAAAACCGUAAUCCACGGUUGUUUUACAACCGUGUUCCAAAGUGCGGCAGUUCGACGUUGAAUUCGCUCUUGAAAAAUCUAACUGCAAGUAACCCGUUCAUUUAUACAUCCUCACCGCUUCUGGAUGACUGGUUUCUAGCAACACAAGAUAUGCAGAAAUCAUUCGUCCAGCAAUUUAUGAAACUCCCUGUAAAAAGUGUUUUUGAUCGCCACUUAUUUUUUCUGGAUUUUACCAGGUUUGGACAACCAAAUCCGAUUUAUAUAAACAUGAUUCGUGAUCCCACCGAUCGGUUCAUCUCCGAAUUUUACUUCCGGAGAAGGCUCCAGAAAAAAGGCACCGAACAGGGUGAGCGGAAAUGGUACGAUGAGGUGAGUGCCGGCACAAACGCAAUUUGGCGCGAUGUCCGUCAGUUGUUCUUUCAUUGUUGCUUUCGUGCUUCGAUGUUAAUGAUCAAAGGAUUUGGAACAUUGCAUACGGAAAGCCAAAGACUACGAUUGUCGCUUAGUGGACGGCAUGUACAUAAAAAAUAUGAUUGCUUUCUUUUGCGGUCAAGACAUCGAAUGCUCGUAAGUGCGGCCAGCUAUGUGAGAAAUCACAAUAGCAAAUGGGCACUGGAAACAGCCAAAGAAAAUGUUGAGAAAUUCUUUACGGUGGUCGGUGUUCUUGAAGAUAUCGAUAUUACACUUCGCGUCCUGCAGCAUCAGUUGCCGCAAUAUUUUUCCGGUGUUGUGGAACUUUAUAAGGCUAGCCAAGAUCAUGUUAUUAACAAAGGACUGAACCGCAAACAAGAUGUUUCCCAAGAUGUCAAAGAUGUAAUCCGGAAAAAUCUGACGGCGGAGUACGAAUUUUACGAUUUCAUACGCGACAGAUUGCACUUUCAGGCGCAACUGAUAAGAUGAGCCUUUAAAAUUCGAUAUGUUAGACUGUGAUAGAAUUCAACGAGUUCUCUUCAAGAGGCAAUUACCGUUUGUAAAAUGCCGGCUUUAUAGAUAUUCACGAUAAAACAA